AUGGACGGUCUGAAUACGCCACUCGUCAAGCGACGACGAUGUGCGGGGGCAAAGCCCCAGAUACUAGCAGAAUACCAAUCGGGGGCAGCAUUCUCACGGCGUACGCAUGAUCUGGUGCUGGACUGGCCAACUGCAGAGCUGAAAGCUUUGGCCUGCAUGCUCUAUUCGACAGGCAAUCAUCUCAUGGGCCUCUUCGAUCAGGGCCGUCCAGGGGAGACUUCAUCUGGAUGGAAAGUGAACUCAUUUGGUUUGACGCCCCCACAGGGUCAUGAGGACUACUCGGCAGAGUGGACAGCGAUUGCCGAUCAACGCCAUGGCGCUUCAACUUUGAUCAGCCAGGGAAAUGGCACACAGCAGAAGUGCCAAAGAACUCUUCUGAACGUUUUCAAAAGCAUCGACCAGCUUGCACAACAGGAGGAUCCCUGGAUGUUGGUUUACCUAUGGAGGAUCAUACUAUACUUGCGAGGGAUUUCAUACCGUAUCGAGAACAAAAAAGUGGGUAUUCCAUCCACACGUCUUGGACCUCAAAACGAUCACCUGGUCGGCCAUCUACUCGGCGGAUCGCAUCCGGUGGUUCUCAUUAUGGUCGCUCGAUUUUGGAGAUACUGGCCCGCAGCGCUUGCUGAUAAUGUAUUGCCGAAUUACGGGACUCUCUUGGCUCGCUCCGGAACUGAAUUUGGGUCUUCUGAUGAGCGUACAAGUUUCUUUCUGACUGAGUACAUGUACGUUGCGUACUAUCAUGGGCAUAAUAUCACCUUGACAUAUCAGCUGGCUUCUGACCUUUGUCAGAGAUCUGAGGAACUCGGGCCUGUUCCACACUGGAGGGGGGAAACAUAUGGCUUCGUGCUUGCCUCCAAGUUACUGGCGAGAAUUGACAAGGAGAAGGGAAAAAUUGACCUCUGGCAUGGUCGUCUAACUCCUCUCGCCGAGAAGCUGCGAAACGGCGAUCGAGAAUGCCAAACAAGGGCCUUACAGAUCCGACGCAUGAUGGCCCGCUGGUAUCGUGAGGCGGGUAACAGGGAGCGGGCUCAGGAACAGAGGGGGUAUGCUGAUGAAAUAUUCAACUCAAUGAGAGAACUCGGGGUGGAACAAGGCAACUGGAAUCUGAACUGGCCGUUCCAAAGUGGGCAAUGCCGUCCUUCUGAACUUGCACGUGUUUACAGGCAACACACCUAG